AUGAAUGACCUCGAUACCCCCUCGAUCCCCCUCUUGAACAACAACAUCCAUCAGUCUGACCGUGGCGGGCUUCGGCUUCAGGACAAUCGGCUGACUGGUGACAACAACUUCAAUCCCCCUCCGUCAACUACCUCGAUCAACCCCCUCGAACCCCCUCGAACAACGACAUCCACCAGUCUGACCGUGGCGGGCUUCGGCUUCAGGACAAUCGGCUGA